UCAGUGUCAUUGUCAACUUCGUAGGUGAAUGUUGUGUUGCCUACGGUCCGUCUGCUUUAUAAUAAUUAUAAUUAUUUUCAAUUAAAAUAAACAUACUACAUAUUCGUUAAAAUGGUUGGUGUAAUCUUUUGUAUUUAACAUCAUAACAAGUGUGACAAGAGCUUAAAAACUACAUUAUUGAAAAGAUAAGGUAGCAUGUCUUCACCAUCGAAGCGUCGUUACAAGAGGCAAUCUUGGUGCAGGAGGUUCAUGUACAAAAGGUUGCCCGUCUCCAAAUGGCUGCCAGAGUACAACUCUGAGAAAGCCCUCGCUGACGUCAUAGCAGGAAUCACCGUAGGACUCACAGUCAUACCACAAGCAUUGGCCUAUGCUACUUUAGCUGGCUUAGAUCCUCAGGAUGGUCUUUAUUCAUCUUUCAUGGGAUGUUUCAUCUACAUCAUAUUCGGCUCGUGCAAGGACAUCACGCUUGGACCCACGGCGUUGCUGGCACUCAUGACGUACCAGCAGAUUCAGGGAAGAAAUUCAGACUACGCCAUCCUGCUCUGUUUCCUCACUGGCGUGGUACAACUUGUAAUGGGAUUGUUACAUUUAGGUGUUCUGAUAGACUUCAUAUCUGUUCCUGUGACCGUGGGUUUCACGUCAGCAACAUCUGUGAUCAUUGCGGUGUCUCAGCUCAAGGGUUUGCUGGGUUUGCAGUUCAAGUCUGGAGGAUUUCUUGAUACAUUAAAAAAGGUGAUUACAAAUGUGCCAAAUGCAAGAGUAGCUGAUAGCACUUUGGGAGUCUCCUGUAUUGUUAUUUUACUUUUAAUGCGGAAAAUGAAGGAUCUAAACCUACCUCCAAGCCACAAGGGCUUGAAAAAAGCUCUCUGGCUUCUGUCUACGUCUAGAAACGCGAUCGUAGUCGUGUCGUGUUCGUUGAUAGCCUAUUUGAUGGAAACGCAUUCUGAGUCACCAUUCAAACUCACGGGGACUGUCAAAGAAGGUCUGCCGUCAUGGAAAAUGCCGCCGUUUACUACUAGUUAUGGAGGGAGGGAUGUGUCUUUUAUUGAGAUGUGUUCCGACCUCGGAUCUUCCAUAGUUUUAGUGCCUGUUAUCGGAGUUUUGGGAAAUGUUGCCAUAGCCAAAGCUUUUGCGAGUGGAGAAUCAGUGGACGCGACGCAAGAGUUGCUGACUCUGUCUCUAGCCAACAUAUUUGGUUCGUUCGUGGGUGCUAUGCCCAUCACUGGGUCAUUUUCCAGGAGUGCUGUGAACCAUGCUAGCGGGGUCGCUACUCAGUUAGGCAGUUUGUACACUGGCAUCUUGGUCGUUUUGGCGUUGAGUUUGUUGACGCCAUACUUCUACUUUAUACCUAAAGCGUCAUUAGCUGCGGUGGUAAUUUGUGCUGUGAUAUUUAUGAUAGAAUAUGAGGUGGUGAAGCCGAUGUGGCGCUCCCGCCGCGCCGACCUAGUGCCAGCAUUCGCUACGUUCGCCAUUUGUCUCAUCGUCGGAGUGGAGCUGGGCAUUCUGGCUGGCGUGGCGGUCAAUGUCAUACUGCUGCUGUAUCCCAGCGCCAGGCCGCAGUUGGAAGUCGAGAUAAUCACGAACCCAUCAGGAUUCAGUUACCUUCUGGUUACGGUGGGCAAUAGCCUUUACUUCCCUGGCGUGGAGUACAUUCGGCAGUACGUGGAGAGAGCCGCCAAGAAACAGGGCGGCUGCAGUAUGCCCGUUGUCAUCGACUGCAGAUAUGUGCUGGGUGCCGACUUCACAGCAGCUAAGGGCCUGUGCGCACUAUCGAAUUCCCUGUCGUCGCGCGGACAACCUCUAGUACUGCUGUCACCUCGAGCUAGCGUGGCUUCAGUGUUCAGUGGCGCGGGCUCUAGUGUUGUCUUAGUUCUGACGCCUAACGACCUGGAUUCUACUUUACAAGACCUCACAGGUCAGAUACCAAUGAUCACCCCCAGCAAUGGGCAAUGUACCCCACCACCGAAUUACGAGUCCGUGCGACAACACGACGACGAAAUAACAGAAGUAAUCGUCGCCAAAGAGAGAAAAAACACUCCACUGCUACACUCUACACUACACUCAAACGGGAACGGGACAUCUAAAUCUUACGAGUCUGAGGUCAAUGACACGUGACGUAUUCGUAAUUUGACUGUAGUAAAUUAGCUAUUUUGUAGUCUUAAAUUAUACUGCGCUAGACUGAAUCCUUUGCUUCGUUGACGUAGUUAUGACAUCUUAUCAAACGCAUUCCAAAUAGACUUUUUUAAUUUUAAUAAUUUAAAAAAAUAUAUUACUAGGUAUUUCUUGAAUAAGGAAUAUUGCUUUUAUUUUAUCACGCCAGACUGUUUUUAAUUUUUUAUUACAAAGUAUGAAAAAUAAUAUUGAGUUGUGUACCAAGGCAAUAUGCUCUAUUUAAUAAAGCCAAUACAUAUUAAAAUUGUCCCGCGAAUUAACCCACGUGAUUCACUUAAACCAUCUCCGCGAUAACUCUGUUCAGUAAGACCGUGUUAAAAUCAGUUAAAUCAUUUAUCGGCAUAUAAAAAGAUUCAUUGUUUUAUGAUAAGUAGUAAAAUUAUAGAUUAGUACCUGGCUCCUUCAAAGGCCAAUUCAGUCUAGCGUAACAAGUAUAACUAAUAAAUAUUUAACGAUAAAUGCAUUAGAGGUAGAAUUCGUUGUGAAGUGGUACCAAAAGUAAGUUUUAUUACUUAAAGUCUAACCAGUCAGAGACUUUUCCUUACUUACUGUAAUUUUUUUGAAUCUGAUUUUAGCUAUAAGUCAAAUUGUAUUGAUUUUUAUAUUCCAUUUUUAUUCUUAGUUUAAACUAAGACCAAGAAAAAACGUAAAAAAAUAACACAACUGCGGUAUUUGUUUAGCAUGUGACAAUCCGAUUGUUUUUUUUAUAUCUACAAAAAAAUAUAUUGUCUACAUAAACUGUAGUCCAAUGCAAGACCGUAACUUAUACCUAGAUGACUUGAUAGAGAAUAUUGUACUUAACAUUAUUUAGAAACUAUGCUAAAUACCCUCUUAUUCAUAAAAAUAUAACGCAUACUCUAAAUCAUAAACAACAACAAGACCACAGUAGGGACUCCAGUAUAUCAGCCAACUAGUAAACAUACUUCGUAGCAAGUUUUAACAAUUUUGUCUCCUUCUGUGAAAUAUUGGAAAAUGUGAUAGAGACAAAACAUACUUUAGCUUAAAGUAUGCUUUAAUUUUUUUUUAUGAAUAACUGGGUUUAUAUUUAAAAUAAAUGCUAUACCAGUACAUAAUACCAUAUUCUUAUAAACCUUGUAAAGUAAGAUAGCCAAAGAAACUGAAUCUAAAAUUGUUUUAAAUAUUUUCAUCAUUCCAAAUAUCGCUCCAAAGUACACACUGCCUCACAAUUUUUUUUUUCAUUUAGCCUAGCUGUUUCUUUAAAUAUAAUAAUAAAAUGUCUUCUCAAAAUAUUAA